AUUCAAAGUGAAAAUUUCAAGACAUGUAUUGCAGCUGAAACUUCUGAGCUCCUCCUUGAAAACUGCAAUCAAGUUUCUAAGUACAUGUUGUGGAAAUGGGGAUCUAAACAGCAGCUUUUCAACAUAGGCGCAAGCUCUUGCCUUGGACUCAAUUUCAGUAACCCGGAGCCAUCCCUAGUAAUGACACAAUGUGACUCCCCUCAGCAUUUGCUGCAGUGGCAAUGUCAUGGAAAGGCAAUUAUUGGGGCAUCCCAGUACAAACUUGCAGUCGAAAAGAGCAAAUUUAUUGUAGUUAAAAAAAAUUCGAACUAUGGAUGGAAACAGUUCGGGUCGCACGAUGACCUUUGUGAACAUGCAUUUGAAGAAAUAUAUACCCUGUUGGGAAAUUCCCUUGGUUUGCCUUGUGUUUUUCCAUUUAAAUACAACAAUAAAUGGCACUAUGAAUGUAUCAGAGAUUUCAGAGAAGAUGGAUAUCGUUGGUGUGCCACAACAAGCCACUAUGAACAAGAUGAAAAAUGGGGAUUGUGCCCAAAUUCUGGGUCUGGCUGUGAUAUUUUUUGGAAGAUAAAUGCAGAUACUCAGAUUUGUUACCAGAUCAAUCUUCGUUCUGUUCUCUCCUGGAAUGAGGCACGUGUUGCAUGUCAGGGACAAGGAGCAGAUCUGUUAAGUAUCACAGAUAUGAGGGAACAGAAGUAUAUUGGUGGUCAAAUUGAGCAAAUGAACACAAAAGAAGCGAUGGUAUGGACAGGCUUAAAUCAACUGGAUGAAACUGCUGGCUGGCAGUGGUCAGAUGGUGCACCUCUGGCUUUGGUGAACUGGCAAAUGGAUCCCAUUGACAGUUCUUUAGGACCACCUCGUUGUAAAGCCUUUAACUUAAAAAUACAAAAUGAUUGGCCAAGUUACCCAUGUGAAUCUGGACUACCAUAUGUAUGCAAAAAAUACUUAAAUGCUACUGCCCAUGAAGCAAUUGAUUCCUGGAAAUUUUAUCCUACUGACUGUGACAGUAAUUGGUAUCCAUAUAAUAAUUACUGCUAUAAACUUCAUAAAGAAGAAAGGAGCUGGAAGGAAGCAUUUUUCUCCUGCCAGGAUGAUAAUAGCACACUCAUUAGCAUAACCUCUUUGGCUGAUACAGAGAUGCUUAUUAACCUCCUUGAAUACGAAAAUGUAACAGACACUUGGAUUGGACUAAGCUGUAAUAAGACUCCUGUUGAGUUUGAAUGGUCUGAUGGAUCUGCCGUAAUUUUCACCUACUGGAAUAAACAAGAACCAAAUAUUCUUCAGAAGAAAGGACAAAUUUGUGUUUCAGCUCAGCAACAUGAAGGACGCUGGAAAGUGAAAAAUUGUAAAAGCAGAUAUUUUUAUAUUUGUAAAAGAAGAGGGAAUAUAGGCAAUCACGUUUCUGAAGUGGAAUCAGGCUGUCCAGAGGGAUGGGAAAGACAUGGUGGAUAUUGUUACAAGAUUGAUACAAUCCCUCGAAGCUUUGAACAUGCAUCCAGUGGCUAUUACUGUCCUUCACUUACAACAAUAACAAGCAGGUUUGAACAAGGUUUCCUGAACAGUAUGAUUCAUCAUCAAGGGAACACUGACCGUCCUUAUUUUUGGAUAGCAUUUCAAGAUCUAAACAACACAGGGGAAUAUACUUGGCUCACUGAAGAUGGAAAACAUCAUUUUGAGAUCUAUACAAACUGGAGAAAGUAUCAACCCAGAUAUCCUGGAGGAUGCGUUGUUAUGCGACAGGAAGAACCCAUCGGCAUGUGGGAGGUGAAAAAUUGUACAACCUUCAUGGCUAAAUCACUGUGUAAACAAGAUGCUAAUUUCCGUGAAAAAAGUGAUACCAACAAGCAACCAAAUUAUGAUGAAAGUUUUAAUUCUUGCAUGCAUGGAUGGGAAUCAGGCCAUUAUCUGCUGAACUGCUACAAGGUAUUCCAUACUGAAAAAGUAUUAAUGAAAAGAACUUGGGAGGAGGCAGAAACUCUAUGUCAAGAUUUUGGAGCACAUCUUGCCAGUUUUAAACAAGUCCUGGAAGAGGAUUUUUUAAACAAACUUUUAAACACAAUGUUUCAUACAGAUGAUGGAAGACAAUUCUGGAUUGGAUUUAAUAAAAGGAAUCCAUUAUCUGGAGGAGCCUGGGAAUGGUCUGAUGGAACUCCUGUUUCACCUGCCUUUUUAGAGAAAACUUCUAUUGAAGAUAAUGUGAAAAACUGUGCAGCAUAUAAAGCUAAUGGGACUAUUUUGCCACUGCGCUGCAAUUCGGAACGUGAAUGGAUAUGUAAAAUACCAAAAGGUGUGAAACCCAAGACUCCACAAUGGUAUAUUAAUGAGUUACCAUGGUUUUAUUAUCAAGGAGCAGAAUACCUUUUCUAUGACAGCCCUUCACACUGGGACAGUUUUCAGUUUGUGUGUGGUUGGCUCCAUGGGGAUAUAGCAACCAUACAGUCCUCUCAAGAACAAGAAUUUAUCCAAAACAGAAUAAAAAAGAUUUCAAAAAAAAGUAGCAAUUGGUGGAUUGCAUUGCGUUCAGAAAUACCCAGUGAAGAAUUUCAAUGGACAGAUGGAUCACCGUUAUUGUAUCAGAACUGGGCAGGAGAUAAAGACAGACCAAAGCGAACUCAAGGACAAAAAUGUGCUUUUAUUUCUUCUCAGACAGGACAAUGGGGCUUUGCAAAUUGUACCACUUCUCUACCUUGUGUCUGCAAGCGUAAAAAUGUACAAAUUACUGAGAGAGAAAUUUUGAAAGAAGAAUAUCAAGGAACAUGUCCUAAAGGAUGGCUGUACUUUGGAUUCAAGUGUUUCCUGGUGCAGAUUCCAAAGGAUCCAGCUCACUUAAAAAGUUGGUAUUCUGCUCAAAAAACCUGCAGCUACUAUGAUGCAUCACUUGUAUCAGUUGAAAAUGAAGUUGAACAAGCUUUCAUUGCAAUGAACCUAUUUGGACAUAAAUCUAAUGUCUGGAUUGGCCUGCAGAACCAUAAUUAUGAAAAAUGGCUCAAUGGACAAGAAGCGGAAUUUGCCAACUGGUCUCCAGCACAAAAUCAUUACAUUGCUGGUACUGAAAAAAAAGUUGUCCUAUGUACUUCAAUACUAAAUAAUCCAAGUUUCAGUUUAAUGGGAAAGUGGUAUCUUGAAAACUGUGAGAACAAAAAUGGGUUUGUCUGCCAGAAAGCUCAAGAUACUUCUAGACAUAUCAUUGCUCCUUCGGUGAUGUACCCAAUCCCGGAUACUUUAGAAUAUGCAAAUAGGACAUAUACAUUGAUCAAUGGCAGUAUGACUUGGUACAUGGCUUCACAAAUGUGCAAAAAAAUUGGGGCUGAAUUGGUCAGCAUUGCAGACUACUACCACCAAGCUUUCCUUACCGUAAUGAUAAAUCGAGUGGGUUACGCUCACUGGAUUGGAUUGUUCACUUCAGAUGUAGGUAUUUCAAAUUUUUGUUCUAAUCUUCUAACAAUCAAAGGCAGAGAUGAAAAUAUUUUUCUUUUAGAAGAACUACAUUCUUUUGGCUCUUUGGUUGAAAUGAUUUGGUUGAAUACUCACUUCCUUAUGGAUAAUGCUACGUUAAUAUGGUUUGAUGGCUCUCCAGUUCAGUAUUCAAACUGGGGCACUGUGGAGACUGAGGUGGGUCAAUGGACAGGAAACAGCUGCAUUGUCUUGACAACUGCAGAUGGCAUCUGGAAGUUAGUACCCUGUCAUGAGAAAAAAGGAUUUGUAUGUAAAGCCAACACAGGUAUGAAUUUCUCUUUUUACAUUCUAAUUGAAGGCCACCAGUCCCCAGAGAGGAUAAAACAUUUGGGACCUCUUAAGGAAUUUGGACUUCUAAAAAAAGACAUCAGUGUCAUAAGGUUUGCAAAGAUCCCAACUACAACUAAUGAAAAUUCAUUAAUUAUACAUUAUUUUUCAGAUUUUCAAGAGACUGCAGUACCAGCAGUGAAAGGAUCAUAUCAUACGACAUUGGUCCUAGUGAUAUUAUCUGCAUUGCUGAUAGCUGUUAGUGCUAUAGCGACUUGUUUGUGGUGUUCACCAAGGCCUAGUCGCCUAUCUGGAACUAUCAUGUGCUUCAGAAAUGAUUGCCUUACAGAAGCUCACUCUGAAGUUCCUGUUGCCGAAGAAAGCAUUCUCAUUUCCAGCCUGGAGAGGAAUGAUGUCCUUUAA